ACUAGCACAUGAUUAAAUACAAUCACGUGGCGUUGCCGGCGUUGCCAGCGUUGUGGACAUGACAAAGCAGGGAAGAUGACACCUACAGAAGCACAGAGAGGUGGUCUGUCCACGAUGUCGACCAAAUCCAAGAUAAAUAUAUCCAAUGGAGUAUUCUCCGGACUCGCCCUGGCUUGUGGAAUCGCUUUCAGCGUGCUGGUGUAUAUGCUGUUCAAUAAGAUAGUAACAGGCGCACUCGGCAACUUCGGCAGGGUCUUUGGCAGCACCUUGGACACCAGCGGCGCCAGUGCCUACGCUGCUUACGGGUCGUCACCGAUAUGGGCUAUUGGCUUUGCUUUCAUCAUCCCAGGUCUGAUCGGCGCCAUAGCGAGCUGCGUCCAGGGCAAGGGAGGGUACAUCACCCAGAUGGUCUUCUGCAUCUUGACUCUCGUCAUCAUGGCCAUCAUCUUCUUCUUCUGCCUGCUGAUCGUUGGGGUUUUCGCCGGCCAGGACAAGCAGUACUGCUCCACCAGGAGUUACUCGUGCGUCUGCAGCAACGGAGGCGGGAGUGCGUACUACACCUGUGAAACACUGAACGAAUUCAACUCAUUGGCCCUCGGCAUCGUUGCGAUGGUGAUCUUGGGAUGGAUAUUCACUCUCGUGGCCACUAUCCUUGGAGGCAUCCUCGCAUGUCGACGUGAGCGUGUGCAGCCUGGUUUUGUGAUGCAGCCGACCGUCAACGCUACUGUUGUACACAUGAACACCGUGGGGAACAUGGGCCAGUCAGCUCCUCAAUACCCGCCCCAGGAGCCCCCACAGUACCCGCCCCCGCCCCAACCCUCACAGUACAUGUGAAAAAUUCCUUAUCGACAGUGAGUGUCCUUCCCUCCACCCAACAAGUGUCGAGACAUCCACCAUAUUCUCUAUAGUCAACUGACAGCACCAAAGUCGCCACAGUAGAUGUGACAGCCACCUCAUUCACCAUAGAACAAGUAACAACCACCGCAUUCACCAUAGAACAAGUAACAGCCAUCGCAUUCACCAUAGAACACGUAACAGCCACCUCAUUAACCACAGAAAACGUAACAGCCACCGCAUUCACCAUAGAACACGUAACAGCCAUCGCAUUCCAUCGCAUUUACCAUAGAACAAGUAACAGCCACCGCAUUCACCAUAGAACACGUAACAGCCAUCGCAUUUACCAUAGAACAAGUAACAGCCACCGCAUUCACCAUAGAACACGUAACAGCCAUCGCAUUUACCAUAGAACAAGUAACAGCCACCGCAUUCACCAUAGAACAAGUAACAGCCACCGCAUUCACCAUAGAACACAUAACAGCCAUCGCAUUUACCAUAGAACAAGUAACAGACACCUCAUUCACCACAGAACACGUAACAGCCACCGCAUUCACCAUAGAACACGUAACAGCCAUCGCAUUUACCAUAGAACAAGUAACAGACACCUCAUUCACCACAGAACACGUAACAGCCACCGCAUUCACCACAGAACACGUAACAGCCACCGCAUUCACCACAGAACACGUAACAGCCACCGCAUUCACCCCAGAACACGUAACAGCCACCGCAUUCACCACAGAACACGUAACAGCCACCUCAUUCACCAUAGAACACGUAACAGCCACCGCAUUCACCAUAGAACACGUAACAGCCACCGCAUUCACCACAGAACACGUAACAGCCACCGCAUUCACAACAGUACACGUAACAGCCACCUCAUUCACCAUAGAACACGUAACAGCCACCGCAUUCACCAUAGAACACGUAACAGCCACCGCAUUCACCAUAGAACACGUAACAGCCACCGCAUUCACAACAGUACACGUAACAUCCACCUCGUUCUCCAUAGAACGCGUUACAGCCACCUCAUUCACCACAUCCCACAUUCACCACAUUAAAUGUGAAAACAAUAAAUGUUUUCUUUUAUCAAGAUAUUUGAUAUUUGAAGAGUGAUAUUCUUCACUAAUAUACACGCUUUGGGCUUUUGCAAAUACACUAUAACAUGUAUGUCAUUUAUCUUUAACGCUAAGGUAAUACGACAUAUAGUGUUUCUUUGACUUUGUAGAUAUGUCAAAAUGGUGUCCAUAGCUAUAAUUAAUGAAAAGCUAUGUAAGCCAGUUAUUAGCCUUUUUGUCUACAAAAUUGGUAGAAUUUGACAUGUUGACAUAACUUAAUGUGCGAAAUAGUGAAUUGAUAGUUAGCUGCAGACCCCUUGGUUCUGUAUUUCAAUGAUAUAUGUAUUUGUGUACCAGGCCAAACCAAAGCACUAUACAACUAUUCAUCACUUCAGUGUCACCCUUAGUCAACCUGGGUCACCCUGGGUCAUUCUGAAUCAUCCUGUGUCAUCCUGGGUCAUUCUGAAUCAUCCUAGGUCACCCUGGGUCAUCCUGGGUCAUUCUGAAUCAUCCUGGGUCAUUCUGGGUCAUCCUGGGUCAUCCUGGGUCAUUCUGAAUCAUCCUGGGUCAUUCUGAAUCACCCUGGGUCAUUCUGAAUCAUCCUGGGUCAUUCUGGGUCAUCCUGGGUCAUUCUGAAUCAUCCUGGGUCAUUCUGGGUCAUCCUGGGUCAUUCUGGGUCAUUCUGAAUCAUCCUGGGUCAUUCUGAAACAUUCUGGGUCAUCCUGGGUCAUCCUGGGUCAUUCUGAAUCAUCCUGGGUCAAUCUGAAUCAUUCUGGGUCAUUCUGAAUCAUCCUGGGUCAUUCUGGAUCAUUCUGAAUUAUCCUGGGUCAUUCUGAAACAUUCUGGGUCAAACCUGGGUCAUCCUGGGUCAUUCUGAAUCAUCCUGGGUCAUUAUGGGUCAUCCUGGGUCAUUCUGGGUCAUUCUGGGUCAUUCUGAAACAUUCUGGGUCAUCCUGGGUCAUUCUGGGUCAUCCUGGGUCAUUCUGAAUCAUCCUGGGUCAUCCUGGGUCAUCCUGGGUCAUCCUGAAUCAUCCUGGGUCAUUUUGAAUUAUCCUGGGUCAUCCUGGGUGUAAUGGCCACUGAAGAUGCGCAAGAAAACCCUGACAUAUUUAAUGUAUGUUAUAUUUGUAUGAAUUGUAAGAAGGAAGGCCUUGAAUGUAUUUUGUUGGUUGUCUGGUAGUGCUGUAUUUAUUGUUAUCUUGAAACCGUCCAGAACUUGAUGUGAAGUGCCUUCAGUCUGUCCUAACACUGAGAUUGCACACCUUUAAUACAGCGAGUGAGUUGCGGGAUGCCAGUAUUCACUGUCAGUCUCCCUGGAAACACUACAUUCAUAUGUGUACGUGAUACAUCUGAUACUGAAGAAACCCCACUAUCAUAUACGCCUAAUUCUUUAAUAUAUAUUGAUUAUUUUUAUAUCAGUUUAUAGUGUCAUCAAUUUUUGCAAAAUGUUUUUUAAAUCCGUUUUCAUCCAACUUUUUUUACGAUUGAUAAACACAUAUUUACAAAAAAAAGACAAAUUAUAAACACAAACCUGUCAAAAAGACAAUCAUGUAAAAUGAAUGUGCAUAUCUGUCCUGCUGUGAUAAUUUAAUGCUUAACUUGUUGUAUUGUUCUUGACUCAGUGACCAGUAAUAAAGUCUGACAAACAUGC